AUGACGACGAUAACAACUACGACGACAAUUACGACGACGACGACGACGACAAUUACGACAACCACAGCACCGACAAUAAGGACAACAACUACGAUAGCGACGACGAUAACUACGACAACGACGACGACAACUACGACAACGAUAAUGACAACGACGAACGACAAAAACAAGGACAACAAUAGCAGCAACAAUGACGACAACUACGACAACGACGACAACAACUACGACAACGAUAAUGACAACGAGAACGACAACGACAAAGACGACAACAACGACAACAACAGCAGCAACAAGAACAACUACGACGACGACAACUACGACAACGGUAAUGACAACUAGAACGACAACGACAGAGACAACAACAACGACAACAACAGCAGCAACAAGAGCAACAACGACGACGACAACAUCUACAACAACCACAGCACCGACAAUAACGAUAAUGACCACAACGACAACGAGAACGACAAUGAGAACGACAAUGAGAAAGACAACAACAACGACAACAACAGCAGCAACAAGAACAACAACCACA